AUGGACAUUCUUGAUUUCUCAAAGCAGCUCCCACCUUGGCUUGACCAAGAACUUUUCAACAAAGCUAUUCAAACCUACGAGUCGGAUCCACACGCAAAAGUCAUCAGUUUUGACAUCAAAGCAGCAACGCAGCCUGGUGAAAAUUUCGCAAGUGCCGUGUAUCGAGCCACAAUUAAAUUUACAUCAAAAUAUCAAAGGGAUGUAAAGGAAAUGUCAGUAAUCAUCAAGACACAGCCGGUCAAUGUGGAUUUGCCAGGAAUGGAGCAUAUGAAGGACACAACAUUGUUUAAAAAUGAAAUUGGAGUUUAUUUGAAUGUUUUGGGAGAAAUGCAAGAAUUGAUCACUUCUGCUGGAUAUAAAGAUGUGAUGUGUCCAAGAUUAAUCUACCAAACAAUGACACCAAAACCAGUCAUAAUGCUUGAAGACGUCACAUUAAGUGGAUUUGAUACAGCAAUUAAGUCAAUUCAUGAAGAUUUUGAGCUCUCCAAAAUGGUCAUAAAAAGAUUGGCAAAAUUCCAUGCAGCUAGUUUUUAUUUGCAAAAUGAACAGAAAAUCGACGCAACUCAAUUCGAUGCCUGCAUAUUUAAGGUUGAGCCAAUAUGCAAUAUGAUUUAUGGAAAUAGCUACGACACAUUGAUUGGAUUGAUGUCAAAAUGGGAAGGAUUUGAGGAAUUUGUGGAACCGCUGAAGAAGAUGAGGCAAAGUUAUAUGGAAAAGUCUGCAAAUUCUUAUACUGCUUGUACAGGUUCUGGUGCUUUUAAUGUUUUGAAUCAUGGUGACUUUCAUUUUAAGAAUAUGCUGUAUAAAAUGGAUAAGGAUGGUGGAAAAGUUGAGGAUUUUGUGAUGUAUGACUUUCAAAUCUGCGUCUACUCAACCCCAGCAAUCGACAUAUGCUACUAUCUAUACAACUUUGUCUCUGACAAGGACCGGAUCAACCGAUUUAAUGAAAUUCUUGCAACUUAUCAUGAACAAUUUGUUGAAGCUCUCAAGAAGUUCGGCUACCUAAAACAGCCUCCAACGUUGCUUGAUCUUCAAGUUGAAAUGCUGAAAAAUGGACAUUUACAGGCACAAUGUGCAAUGCUGUUGUAUCCAUUUAUGAUUUUAGACAUGAGCACAUUUACACCUGAAGACUUUGCCGCUGGAAUGAACUUUUUCAAUCAGAAAACUUUCGAAAAUCAAAGAUUUAAGAAAGUCAUCAAGGAAGAAUUGAAAGCAUUUUUGCAUAAAGGAUUUUUAGGGAAUUAA